GGCGCACUCGAUUUUGAUUUUAUUUGUCGUCCGCACGUGUGUUUCAAAAUGGGCGAAGUUGUAGAGGUUUUGUUCACAAGCACUUUCAACAAUGAUCGCGCCACAUGCACCGUGCAUGACUUGCGUACUGGCACGGAGCUGAUGAAGUAUAAAGGUGGUGGCGCUAUGCAGCCAAAUAGUCUUGGCAUGCUUGGGCGCCAUCACAUCAUGGCAGCCAAUAGCAUGAAGCCGUUGCUGCACGUCUGGCCCAUCAAUGGCCAGGAACAAAUGACGAGCAUUCGGUUUGUGGUGCCGGGUAGAGUGAGUGCGCUGGCUUUAACACCAGACGGCGAAUUUCUGGUUGCCGGUAUUCAAGAGUCUCUAUACAUUUGGCACAUGAACACCGGGCGCUUGCUGAAUGUGCUCAAUAAGCACUACCAGCAGAUCACCGUUGUGCGCUUCACAGAUAACGGCGAGCAUUUUGUGAGUGCCGGCAAAGAUGGCGCAGUGCUGAUGUGGAAUUUAACGUAUGCAGUGACUCCAAUGGAUAUGGACGAGAGCGUGACCAACUCGCCGGUGUACAGCUUCAACGAUCAUGGCUUGACCGUAACAGAUGUACAUAUCGGAGUGGGCGGUCGGGGCUCCUACAUGUACACUGUUUCUUUGGACCGCUGCUGCAAGAUUUAUGAUCUAGCCACUGGGACCUUAUUGCUGACCGUGGUGUUUCCACUGGCUUUGCACAGUGUGAUCGCUGAUCCGCUGGAGACCCACAUGUUUGUGGGCACGGACGAUGGUCACGUACAUGUAUUCCAUUUGGAAAGAGUGCCACGCAUGAAAGAAUACCAUGUGGAGGAAAGCAAGAUUCUGUCAUUUUCUGGAGGCCACACAGCUGGACUGGCCGUUACUUGCUUGGCGCUUUCUUCAAAUGCGCAGCAGCUCAUCUCAGGCGGAGAUGACAAACAAGUGUGCAUUUGGCAUGUGGAAAGUCGUCAACUUUUGAAGACUAUGCUACAGACCGGUACAGUGACUAAUCUGAGAGUUCGUCUCAUAACUCCAAAAAUCUUUCAACCAGAGGUUAAGUAUCCACAACUAUUUGCUGAAAAGUUAAUGCGAAUGAUCACCCCACCGGACGAUGAUGAGUGUAUUGAGCUGCUCAUUACUGAAGAUUGUACACUCGGUCGUACUACUCCUACUUAUAAUUAUAGAGACGAAGACUUGAUUUUUGAGUUAGGUGGCGAUCCAACAAACUACUUUAACAAUGCUCUAGGCAGCGAAGCUGAGGAAGAAGCUGAGGAAGAAUCUGAUGACGAUUCUGAUGAUGAAAUAUCUGAACCACCUACAAGGGCUGGCAAUAGAAAAAAUAAGACAAAGAAGCUCAACCAAGAUAAAGAAAUAGUGACUGUCGUUGACGAUGAAAACCAAUCGGAUGAAGAAACAGCUACCUCUAAAUAUGCUGACAAUGCGAGGGCGAAAAAACGAAACCAAGUGGCAGAAAUAGCUUCUGUUGACGAUGAAAAAAGUUCAGAUGGAGAAAUUGCUGAUCUAGGUCCAAGUUGUAGCACAAAAAGGAAGGCCAAGAAGUCUCCCAAAUCAAUGCCAGAGACUGAUUCCUUUAUGGAGACCGAUUCCGGUGAAGAAAUAGAUCAGACUGAGCAAUGUCCUGGUCCAUCUAACAGUAAAAAAGCAAAAGUUAAGAUUCCUCUCGGCUCCAAGCCAAAUACUUGUGAUACACAUUUUUCUAAGGGCAGGCUACCAAGUCCACCUAGAACCACCACUUCAGAUGAACUAUCUACCAGCAAAGAAGCAACCUCUUCAACAAAACUAUCCACAUCUGACGUCGAUGUCGACGCCUUAAUUAAGGAAAAUAAGAAACUGAAGCAGUACUCAAAUAAGUUGUAUGAAUUCACAUACAAGUACAUUAUUGACAGACCUGAUCCAGAUAAAGCUUCUACCGACAAAGAGGCUAAGCCAUCUCGCCAAAUUGAAUAAUUCUAAUGAAAAACAAUAACUUCGAACAUUUUCUGUAAAUUUGCUAUAUUUUGUAUUUUCUUAAUUUAUAAACCAAUAAUACAAUUGUGCUUGCAUAUCAUGCACUGAAACAAA